UGGCGUCGGCCAGAUGUCACAGGAAUAUCUUACCUAACUGCAGCAGGAAAAGGCCCCCAAAACAACGCGAUGUCAACUUUCCUGGUGUACCUGUUUGUCUUCGCAAACGUGAUGGCAAUUACUCACCCCUACUUGCUUUCUGACGACAACUCAGGGGCAUGUUACGAUUCCAUUUUACACGACUGUGGAACUCUGAACAACUCAUCAUGUAAGCAAUUGCGGGAAUUUGUGGUCCAUAGCUGCCCUGUCACCUGCAAAAUGUGUGACUGCUAUGACGAGUUGAACACGAGCAUAUGUGCGGAUUUUAUGGCCCGGAAUUUCUGCAGCAUUGCGGGUGCGGCGUGCAGAAGGACAUGCAAAAUAUGUGUUGACGAUUUUAAUCCAGAUGCCUAUCUUAAAGGGUUUCUUUCAACUAUACCAACAUCGACCACAGUGAAGGAUAUGACAACAACAGCAGCGCCCGUCACAACAACAUUGGCCCCUCUACAGACACAUUCCUGUAACAAAUACGGCAUAAUACUGGAGCUCGCCAAGACUAACACGGUGACCCACCCCAUGGCACAUGUGUGCCCCAACACCCACGAGCAUGGCGACUCGGACGCUGUGUUGUAUCAGUAUUGUCAAGCCCCAAACAGAAGUAUAUGGACUUUCAAUACAAAAGUUGUAGACAAUUGUGACCGUAUCCCGCCGUUUACUGCAAUUCUGGGAACAGAACCCUUUAACACGUUGGCUGCUGUAUUCAUACAGUGUGAGGCAGGAGGAUUUAAGAUAGCGGCGCAGCGAUGCGGAGAACCAAUGAAAAUUGUCCAUGUUACCAUGUCAACAACGGACUACCCAGCUGCUGAUAAAUAUUACAUUUUGGAUUGGCCAGCUCAAUAACUCUUAUUUUUAUAUAUGAUACACUAUCCUAGUCUGUUAUCGACUAAGAAGAUGGCGUAUGUGCAUUUGUAAAGUUUAUAAAUGUAAUAAGAUGUAAUUUCUACGGAAUAAACAAAAGUUAA